AUGUUGACAUGGCAUGGACGGGCCGUGAAGUACCCUUUAUCUCCAUCUACAUUCUCUUAUUUUCAUCACCAUAUUCUCGAAGUUGUUGCUUUUAGUAAAUUCAAGAACGCACCCAGCAGAUGUACAAGUUCUCAAAGAUCUGAAAAAUGGUGUGGACCCUCCUUCCAUUGCUCCGGAUCUUGUUUGAACUCCUGGGAUUUCUCCAUUGACCCAUGCGACAACAUCUUCACUUGCGGCCUCACGUGCGAUACACUCGUCUCUGGUUUGCUUCAAGUUUCUGACUCAUUCUCCAAUUUAACUCGCCUGGGUCAACUAGGUCUCUCCUGGAACUCAGUCACCGGUGAAAUUCCCGCCGUUCUUGGCUCACUCCCUCACCUUCAAGAACUCUACCUUGACAACAACCAUCUCUAUGGACCAAUUCCUUCAAGCUUUAACAACCUAAAACGCUUGAAACGACUCGAAAUCCAAUGGAACUACAUUUCCUGUGAGUUUCCUGAUCUGGGUUCACUCAGAAAGUUUUACUUUCUCGACGCUAGCGAUAACAACGUAUCCGGCCAAGUCCCAUCAACGUUGUCAGUAUCUCUCUUCGAGCUCUCGUUGAAGAACAAUAUCCCAGACAACAUCGGCAAGAUUAGGUUCUUACAAGUUCUAGAUCUCAGUCACAGCAUGUUAUACGAUGCAAUAUCACCAAUUUUUUUCAAGCAUCGUAACUGGAAUUUUAGAUUUUUAAAACUUUUAUAG